AUGCGAGCUCGAGCCGUACGCGCCUCUUCUGGGCUGCUACUAUCGAGUCGAGCUCUUCCAUCUACCUCGAUCUGCUCCCAAUGCUUACGAGAUGAGCUCCUUUUGACAAUCGUCCCCAUUCAUUCGCGAAAAUACCAUCCUUCGCGGCGAAGAGAUGUGUCACCAAUUGGCGCUGCGGUGGCCGCGGCGCAGAAUCUGUUCACCAAAGGCUUCGCACCAAAAGCUCCAGCAGGCGUGUCGGUCGACCCAUUACGCAUUGUUGGGAAGGAAUUGAAGUUCUUGACCAAGAAUAUCCGCAAGCUCUUGGGAUCGGGUCAUCCCAUGUUGGACAAGGUCGCUAAAUACUACACCUGGAGCGAAGGAAAACAUGUGCGGCCGCUACUUGUCCUGCUCAUGUCACAAGCCACGGCGAUUGCUCCUCGCAGCUCUCACUUGUCUGCUCCUUCGCCCUCGUCACAGUCCAACAUCAGCGAGCCCAUUAGCUCCCCGCUUGUGCUAGCCGACGCGAAUCCCGACACCAGCCCCCUGACAGCACCAGCUGCUGAACUGGAAGGCAUCUUCGGCGAAGACCCCAACAUCCUGCCUGCUCAGCGCCGACUCGCUGAAAUCACGGAGCUGAUCCACACUGCUUCUCUUCUUCACGACGAUGUCAUCGAUAACGCCAUUACCCGGAGAUCAUCGAGCUCGGCGAAUACACAGUUUGGAAAUAAGAUGGCUGUGCUGGCUGGCGACUUUCUCCUCGGGCGAGCUUCCGUGGCUCUGGCCCGACUACGAAACCCGGAAGUCAUCGAACUCCUAGCAACGGUGAUUGCCAACUUGGUUGAAGGGGAAUUCAUGCAGUUGAAGAACACUGCAUCGGACGAGGCCUCUCCCGUCUUCACUGAUGACACUAUCACCUACUAUUUGCAGAAGACUUACCUCAAGACCGCUAGCCUCAUCAGCAAGUCUUGCCGUGCUACCGCACUGCUUGGAAACAGCACUCCCGAAAUCGUCGAGGCUGCAUACUCAUAUGGCCGCAACCUUGGCCUCGCUUUCCAAUUGGUUGAUGACAUGUUGGACUACACUGUUAAUUCGGCGGAAUUUGGAAAGCCGGCGGGAGCUGACCUAGAACUGGGUCUCGCUACUGCUCCAUUGCUCUUCGCCUGGAAGGAGAAUCCCGAGUUGGGAGCUCUAGUUGGGCGGAAAUUUGAGCAAAAGGGUGAUGUGGAAAGAGCUCGCGAACUUGUCGCUCGAAGUAACGGUAUUGAAAAGACCAGGGCUCUCGCUCAGGAAUACGCUGACAAGGCUGCCGCUGCUAUUCAAAUCUUCCCUGAUAGCGAGGCUAAGAACGGCUUGCUCGAUAUGUGUGAGAAGACAAUGAAGAGACGCAAGUAG